GAGACCCGUGGGUCCCAGAUCUCCAUGAUUCAGAGGAAAGCGAGAUCCUGAGCGGUACCUGCCCAAGGGAGGAAUCAUUCAGCCAAUUCGAAAUCUGUCCGUGGCUGAAGGAAACAGCUGGGAUUCCUGACAGAGACCUUGGGAGUUCUCCGAGUUCAGGAUUGUCCCCAGCAGAUCUUCUAAAGACACUUUAAGUGGAUGCAUCAUAUCUUCUCCUCUUUCUUCUACCAUUGCGACUUCUACUCUGAUUACCCAUGAAACUGAACAAUCCACCACCAAAAUGUGGUGGGAUGCCGAGUGAGAAGGAGGAGCACGAACCUCAGCAGGAAGAUGCUGAGCAAGACGAACCACCCGGGACAUUAUUGCAAAUAUCUGAGGAGGACGAUUCCAGGAGUCGUGAGCAGAGAGAAGGACGUGAGAGUCAGCACAGGCCAGAGAGAAAGCAGGGAAAUCAGCCAAGGGAGAAAUUGAAUAAAUCCAUUAAUAGUUGGGGACCUCACAGAUACGUCAAGGAAACCACAGCCCAGCUGAAAAUCCAGGCAGGAGCGAGAAACAACACAUGCUCCGAGUGUGGGAAAAAUUUCAGUAGCCGCUCAGUUCUUCUUAAACAUCAGAGGAUCCACACAGGGGAAAGACCCUAUGAAUGCCGCGAAUGUCAGAAAAGCUUCACUCACAGGUCAUCCCUCAUUAAGCACCGGAGGAUACACACUGGUGAGAGACCCUAUGUGUGCUGUGAGUGUGGCAAAAACUUCAUUGACCGUUCAGCUCUUAUUAAACAUCAGAAAUUCCACGCAGGAGAGAGACCCCAUGAAUGCAGUGAGUGCGGGAAACGCUUCACCCAGAGCUCGGACCUCAUUACGCAUCAGCGAAUCCACACGGGAGAGAGACCCUAUGAAUGCAGCGAGUGCGGAAAAGCUUCACUCAGCGAGCAUCCUCAUCAAACAUCGGAGAAUCCACACUGGCGAGAGACCCCAUGAAUGCUGUGAGUGCGGGAAAACCUUCACCAGAGCUCAGGCCUUGUUCGACAUCAGAUAAUCCACACGGGGC